AUGAAGGCGUUCUCAACUCAAGUCAUGGCCGUGUCAGCUUUGAUGGCAGGGCUUUCUCAAUCGUUUGAGAUGAAGCGACCCCCACCAGUCGAGCUUGUCAAAGGAUUCGACUGGGCAGACCCAUUCACUCUCAGUUCCAUGGCGGCGUUCCAGCCAAGAUGUGACGAAAAGAAACAGUUCGAGGUUUUCGAGUACACACUCGCAGAGCUGAUGGAACCUCCCCCAAAGGGAUUAAAACCUUGGGCCAAGGGUCUCAAAGCAGUCUUUGCCAACAGAGAAUACCCCGGAGGAUGGCUCGGCCUGGACCCUCACGCUGGUGGUCGCAGCGUAUUGCUGAUGAACUAUGAUCAGAUUCCUCUCGUGGUUCGUGAAUGGAUUGAACGGCAGGAGCGAACCGAUGGCGAGGGUAAGGCGCUUUUCGCCGUGCUUGAGAAACCAAAGAACGACGAAGAUGAGAUUGAAGAGAUCGUCAAGUUUCCCGAAGCUGACCAGGUCGAUCGGGAAAACGAUAAAGACAAGGUUGCCGUUUUUGCACCUGGUGCUUUGUACGGCAUCCUUCCCCUCUGGGCGGCGGGAGCAAGUGAAUGCAAAGAUCAACUUGUCGACUUGUCCAAGUACAGCCCAAAGCCUGCCGACGGCGGCGUUGUUGCUUGGGUUCUACAUUCGGAGCGCCAGCCUGAUCAAAAGACAAAGGUUGACAUCAGAGUCCAGGCACUUAAGGAAAAGGAGGUCAAGGGCGGUCAAGGGCAAGGCCAGGCGAAAACAGCAUCAAGGGAAGAGUUGUAA